AUGAGUUCAAACGAUGAAGAAAGUGAGGUUACUUCAGAAGAAUUUUUUCCACGGAUUUAUCAGAAAACCGCUGCCAGUGAUGAGCCAUCAACAUCCCAGGCGCCUUCUGGAACUCCAUCGGAAGAAUUACAGACAGCUGACUUGCAACUUUCAAACUCGAUAAAAUCUAAUCUGGAAAUAGUUGACUCUGAAGAUGAAGAUGAUGUUUUAACCUGUUAUCAGGAAUUUUGCCAAUAUCGCGGGGCUUCCCGUAGAGACUGGAGCUCUGAAGGACAUGGGAGUUCUUAUAGAGAACCGGUGGAAAUUUUUCGCCACUUUGAACCGCAGCUUGCAAGGAUCGAUCUGAAUCAGGAACAGCAAGAAGAUCACGUUUCGAAUCUCAAAAACGAAGUGAAUGAUUUUCUCGUAGACUGUGUUGCAGCUGAAGAUAAAAUGAAGUUAUGUCUGACAACCAUUGCUCAAAAUUCAAGAAGACUGGAUGAGUUUGAGAAGAAGCUUUCCUCUAUGAACGACAAAGAAGAGACGACAACACAGGAGGCUAUUGUAUCAGAACUGUUUUAUCAAAUCAGAACUGCAAGACUGAAACAGAAUGAAUUGAAGAAUCAACUUGCAUCCUUUGGUUUGGAUGGUAGGAAAGUAUCGGGAGGCAGCAUGCUAGCCAGUCAUAUUGGAAGAGAAGAGUUGGGCUGUGUGGAAUUAUCCGUGUUCCAAGCAGUUCUUGAAAUAAACUGCGACAAUGUUAUUGCAAUUUGCAAAGGAGAAUAUAAACAGGCAAAACUUGAAGAUCAAUCCCAGAAUGAAGGGAAGCUAGGAGCUUCCAUUCUUCAUCAUUUUUUGAGAAUCGAAGCAAGUAUUCUAAAAUUUCAAAGGAUUAGUGCUUUGAGACGGAUUGGCAAGGAAGUUUUGGAGAAGAAGGAACAAAAGACAAGGAUUCUUAGUGAUAGGGUAGUACAAUUCCAUCGAGGUGGUCUACGGACUGAUCUUAUUGAAAUUUGUACUGAACUCAAGACAUUGAGAAAUGAGCUGAACAACAUAUUGAGUUUGAGACGGAUGUCAUUUGUUUAUUUUUCCUUUGAAAAUCACUAUCAAGAACUAUUUCUAUCGGGAAAGUAUACUCAUACUGACAUUGACGAACUAUUGGUUAUCCCUGACUUCGUGCUAGAUGUUUUGAUGUAUUUGGAGAUGACUGGUAUGCAAGUGAUUGAAAAAGCCCGAGCUGAAGUAGCGGAACAAAACCAUGUUCUGAAAGCAGCGGAAAAGUUUCUAGCUACAGCGAGACAAGAUAUGAUUCUGCUUGAUGAGAAUGGAAUAAUGCUGGAAGAAAAAUACAACACCGUCAGAGAAAUGAUAAACAACUUUGAAACCGGCAUAAACCGAUUAAACGAACCAUUGAUCAGGAACCAAUAUUUGAUAAUAUCUCGACAAGUGGAGGAUGAAAAAAAAUUGUUAUUGGAGAAGUCAUCUGAAAUCUGUCUCAUUCUCUCUGAAAUUAAUGUUCUUCUCCGCCUCGUUCUUCCCAACAUCCCACGAGAGAAACUAUUGGAAAUUAUGGAUGAGUUGAUGUCACUGGUUUCAGAUAUCGAAGAAACUGCAUCAAGUGUCCUGGCAGCUAUCCGUGACCACUGUAACGACUCGAUGACUUUGGAAAAAACUGAAAAAUGGGGGGAGUUGACUGGAAAAGUUUACUGGACCCUUACAGCAAUUCACUUGAAUCUUCCGACUUUCAAUUUAAGCAUCAUUCAGACCAAUUUGAUUCAUAACCUGAUUACUCAUAUCAACUCGUUCUACAUGCCACGUUGGUGGGUCGCUUUUCUAGAAGUAGUCGGUAAAGAAAAAGACGUGGAGAGUUUUUGGAGUAAGGUCUACAAGUAUCGAGACGAGUUGAAGGUGCUGACGGAGCAAGUGGAGGCAAUACUUGGAUAUGAUUAG